UCUAGCUGUAGACAUGCUCUUAUCCCAGUUGUAGUAGCGAGUAGUACUUGUGUUUUGCAGGCAGUUGAGUUGAUUGCCAUAGGAAGUUGCUCAAAAAUCAACAAAAACAUCACCAAGUACAUUGGCCAAGACUUUGUGACAGUUUAGUUGGGAGACUAUGGAGUCAUAUGCCACACAUGCUUUUUCUUGCUUUUGUAAUUUUGGUUAAAUUAGUCCAAACACAACAAAACCUUUUCUCUGACUUAUCCCUCGCCACUGUCCCCCCCCACUCUCUCUUCUCACCUUUGCUUUCCCAUAAUUAAACAUCAGUACCCACCAUCUCUCCAUCUCUCUCUCUCUCUUUCCAUUUCAUUUUCCAUUAUCAUUUCUCUACUUGUGUUGCAAAAACAAGGAAACCCACGAGCCUGUUUUGUCUUGUGAUGAUCAUCAACCAAUCAUUCAGGGCAAAGCACUAGUUAGAUAGCAAGGUAGCCAGAUGUUUCUAAUUUCUAAGCAGUAUCCUCACUCGUGAUUUCCCGAAGCUAGCUUGGUAGCAGCAGUUGGUUCUACUUGCUAUUCAGGAUGAUAAAUGAAUACCAGUUAAGGAGAGUGUCCUGUCCCUUCCAUUGUCCUUAUCAUUGUCCACUAUGUAUAAUCGUGGAGGAAACAUGGCCUCAUAAUAAGCUCACAGUGGGACCACUGAAGUGGAGGUUGAAAACAUCUAGUUUCCAGAGUCUGAAUCUGACUACCGCUUGGAAACUAUACAUGUGAAGUGUUUGCUAGAAGUAAUAUCUUCAAAGAUGAAACCUAUUAUUGAUCUUGAAGUUGAGGCAUCAUCAGAAAAUGUUUCUGAUGUUAGCAGCCAAGUGGCUUCCAACUUAUCAAACCAAGAAACUUCUGCAGGUCCCUCCAAUGAAAGCCUCACUAACUCUUCUUAUCUAAAAAAUGCCAUAGCAACUCAAUCCGGUUCAGAAACGGUUUCUCUUGACUUAAAACUUUGCUUCAAUGAUGAUGAGUUAGGGGGAAGGGACUCGAUGGGACUCUCAUUGUCAAGCACAAGCGAAAGUAGCAACGAUCCUGCAUCGCGCCCUACAGCUGAAGCAAUACCACGAGUUUUUUCUUGCAAUUACUGUCAGCGCAAAUUCUUCAGCUCUCAGGCACUUGGUGGACACCAAAAUGCUCACAAGAGAGAAAGGACAUUAGCAAAGCGUGCAAUAAGAAUGGGUAUUUUCUCGGAACGGUAUGCCAGCCUAGCAUCUUUGCCUCUGCAUGGAUCCUCAUUUCGAUCUCUGGGAAUGAAGGCACAUUCUUCAGUUCACCAAAGUUUUGCACAACCAGUAAGGCCACAAGACAUAAGUAGCAGUGCAAGAUUUGAUCAUGGAUACGUGGGUCUGCCAAUAUUUAUGGAGGAUGAAGAGGCAGAGUUGGUAUGGCCAGGUAGUUUUCGACAGGUAGCUGUGGCAGAUGACGCUCAUCAAAGUUUUGUGCUUGCACGAAGCUCAAACAUGAAUUUUUUGGGGGCAACUCCAUCGGUGAACUUGGACGAUUCUGCCCCAGAUCUCACACUGAAACUUUAAGACUUUCAGGACUUCGGUUGCAGUUUUCCUGUUCCGAUAUCAUCUCUUGUAUAACAAGCUGUGCAAUGGACCAUGGCUGAGCUUGUAUGUCAGUGUAUAAGAGCUUCUCGAGGAUUAUUUCGGAGAUUUUGUGUUUGUUAUAUCUAUGUGAUUGAUCUUCUCAAUUUUCUGUAAUUGCUAAUUACCGAUUGUAGUUUGAUUAUGUAUUCUGUCUCUCAUUUCCAAUCCCAGUGGAUCAUUUAGGAUUCAACUUUCAACA